CUGGUGAGCGAGCUGGCCGCCGCCGGCGCAGGAGAGACCGGCCUUCCCCACGCGCCUGCCGCCGUCCGCUGCGCGUAUAAAACAAUGUCGGCUGGACGCCAGGCCACAAGCAGUCCACAGCACGGAACGAAGAGUCGAGCGGGUACUCACAAGGUCGCCAUGAAGACUGUCGCCGUGCUGCUGCUCCUCUGCGUCGCCGCCACGGCGGGACCCGCACCCAGCUGGUUUUACAACCGGGGCGGCCAGGCCAGCGGCGGCGCCAACGCCAACGUGGUGUCGGCCACGCAGAACGGGUUUGGCGGCUCGUCGGCCAUCAACUCAGUCAGCGCCGGAGCUUACGGCUCCACCAGCGGCGGCGGCUCCAGCUACAGCUCCGGCAGCGCCUCCCUCACGUCAGGCUCCGGCAUCUUCGGCGGCUUCUCCAACGCCAACACCAACGCCCAGUCCAACCAGUUCACACGGCGCCGGUACUUUGGAUAAGAGCCGCUGGCUGCUAUCGCGUCGAGCAAGCUUGAUGCCAUACGGAGCGCGGUUGUCUUGUCGUUAUAUGUGCCAUGUCGGGGGGCAGGGCUGCGGCAGAGGCUAUAUGCAGGUGCAAUGGAACUCGUCGAUUGAGUGAGCCAAGUUAUCAUGGCUGGUGUCAUUUCUUCCGCUGACUCGGAACAGCUGGCACAAAUGAUCAGCGUUCGUAUUGCUGUGCAGCGCAGAUUUGUUGUGUUUGCGUAUACUCGUUCGAGAUGUUACAUGCCUGAUUAUGCACAUCGCAGCAUCUUCGAAAAUCAGCUCUAUCGACAAAUACAUCACACAUCAGUAAACGA